GAAAAUUACAAAAAACCAGAAAACAGUGGGAAGGACAAGAAAAGGGGGUUAGAGAGUAGCAAAAAGACACAAAGAUUAACACUUGUAUAGAAGACAAGUGCACCUAUUUUGAGGAAAAUUCAAGAACCCCAUUUCAUUUUAAGGGGAAAAGAGAUGAUCUUUGUAUAUAUAUUGGACAAUUCAUUGAUUUUUUCAAUAAAAAUCUCAUCUUUUUGAGUCACUAAGGCUAAAGAAGAAGGAGGAGAAGAAAAAAAGAUGAUCUCUUUAGUCUGUUGAUAAAAUCUGGUUUGGAGUAUCAGUAUCUAAGCCAUAGAUCUUGAGAUAUGGAUAAAUUACAGUGGGGAAACAGAAAAAGACUUAGGUGUUUUAAGGUGAAAGAUUCAACUUCAAAUGGGAAAUCUGAUGGAGGAAGAAGUCUUGUGGUGAAGAAGAAAAUUACAUCUAGAGUUGUUGAUAAUAACAAGGAAUCUGGUCAUCUUCCUCUUCCUGUGUCUUCUCCUCAUAGGCUUAACAGGGAUUUGGGUGUGAAUAGUUCUAACGCAAAUGAGCAUCGUAAGAUAUCAGUGUCAUCCCCUGAGAAGGAGGAUCGGUAUUAUACGACGAGAGGGUCGGUUGGCGUGGAAGAUAGUAACAAGCUGUUCAUGGAAGCAAGGGAGGAAAAGAAAAAGACAGUUUGGCCAAAAUUGGUCAUCACAUUGUCAAGUAAAGAAAAAGAAGAAGAUUUUAUGGCAAUGAAAGGUUGCAAGCUUCCUCAAAGGCCUAAGAAAAGGGCUAAGUUGACACAAAGAACCAUUCUUUUGGUGCAACCUGGUACAUGGUUGCAAGAUUUGUGCCAAGAAAGGUAUGAAGUGAGAGAGAAGAAGACCUCUAAGAAGAAACCAAGAGGAUUGAAAGCUAUGGGAAGCAUGGAAAGUGAUUCAGAAUGAAAAUGUGGUGAAGAUAAGUGGAGGAAAGAAAAUUGUGUAUUUUGGCAUAUUAAUAUUAUUAUAUUUUGCUUUUUUAAUUUUAGGUUCAUCUUUGGAAAAUGAAUGCUUUUUUUAGGGGUUCUUAUUUUAUAACAUAUAAAUGUUCAAUGAUGUUAUCCUUUAUUUAUCUUUUGCUUCUAUUUCUUCUCAUUUAAACCUCUC